AUGGCGCCGACUACUAGAAGUGUUCAUCGAGAGACACAUAUGUCAACUGCCCUUCAACCUUAUAGUCAGAAGGUAGAGCUUAAUAAGAGUCAGAAGAAAAAGUGUAUGUUAUGUGGCCAUAAAGAAAUAAGUCAACAGUUAAACAGUCCACUGUACAUGUUAAAUGAUGUAAUAGUACAUUAUUUCUGCAUUAUGUUAUCAUCAAGGGCCGUGAAAAAUGGUGGAGACAAGGAGGGGAUUUGGGGUUAUUUAUUAAAUGAUAUUAGAGCUGAAAUAAUUCGAGGAUCCAGGGUGACUUGCGUUUAUUGCAAUAAAAAGGGAGCAACAUUAAUGUGCGGUGAAGUAAGCUGUCGAAAACUGUUCCAUCUUCCUUGUGGGUUGAUAAAUGGGUCUAUGCAUCAUUAUUUUCCGCCAUUCAAGUCGUUUUGCCAACAGCACCGCGUUCAGCCAGUUAUAGAUGUAACAGAGUUACCCCCAUUCGCUUAUCCUACUGUAGAAUGUGGCAUUUGUAAUGAUAAUAUUGUACCAUCAGCUUCACCAACUUCGAUAUGGGUGCCGUGUUGCAGGAUUAAUGGCUGGUUCCACCGAGACUGUAUUCAAGAUCUUGCAUUGCGGAAAGGCUACUUUAUUGAAUGCCCAAGAUGUGAAAAUGUAGAUCAAUUUAAGAGCAGAAUACUCAUUCUUGGAAUAUAUAUACCAUCACGUUAACUUAAACAUUUAAAUCACAGGUAUGCCACUUGGGAAAAAAGAAGGUAUUCACAGAAUAUUUUACUGAAUACUCUACAGAACCGUUUUGAAGAGUUCACUCAAAGGGCUAUGCAAUGUGAUGCUAUACAUUGUCUCUGUCCUCAUGAAGGCAAACGCAACUUCCAAAACGAAUUGUAA